AUGGCAAACAAUGACACCACACAAGACGACGCCGACGCCUUUCACGAUACCUUUACUCGCGGUUCCGACGCAGUUAUUAACAGCGCAGCGGUUAAAAUUCCGCCCUUUUGGACCGAGCACCCAGAAUUAUGGCUGUCGCAAAUCGAAGCCCAAUUCGUUCUGGCAGGAAUAACUGCAGACGACACGAAAUUCAACACGAUCCUGGCGUCAAUCGAAGCACCGGUACUGGCCCGAAUUGCCGACGCCAUCGUCAACCAACCAGGCACAGGCAAGUACGAAAACUUAAAGUCGUGCAUUUUGGAACGCUUCUGCGAAAGCGAGCAGAAGAAAAUCCAGAAGUUGAUUUCGGAGACUGACCUUGGUGACAAGCGCCCCACAGAACUGUCCAACGAGUUAAACGCACUCGCCAACAAAUUUGACGAAACUUUCUUAAAAGCACUUUUUUAA